UGCUAGUAGCGUGGAGACCGAGUACCGGAGGACCUGGGCCGACUCGGACCGCGGAAGGGGGACCAGCGCAGCCAUGUUGAAGGCGUUGGGCUCCCUGGCGGCUGCCCUCUGGGCCGCGCUCCGUCCCGGCACUGUCCUGCUGGGGGCCGUCGUCUUUCUCCUCUUGGCUGAUUUCCUCAAAAGGCGGCGUCCAAAGAACUACCCGCCGGGGCCCCCGCGCCUGCCUUUCGUAGGCAACUUCUUUCAGUUGGACUUUGAGGAGGGGCACCUGUCGCUUCAGCGGUUUGUGAAGAAAUACGGGAACCUUUUUAGCCUGGAAUUCGGUGACUUGCCUUCAGUUGUUAUAACUGGAUUGCCCUUAAUCAAAGAAGUCCUUGUCCACCAGGACCAAAACUUUGUGAGUCGCCCCAUAACCCCUAUUCGAGAACGUGUUUUUAAGAAAAGUGGCUUGAUCAUGUCCAAUGGCCACAUAUGGAAAGAGCAAAGAAGAUUUUCCCUGACAGCUCUGAGGAACUUUGGUUUAGGAAGGAAAAGCUUAGAGGAACAGAUACAGGAAGAAACUGCCUACCUCAUCCAGACAAUAGGAGAGGAGAAUGGACAGCCUUUCAACCCUCACUUCAAGAUCAACAAUGCCGUUUCCAAUAUUAUUUGCUCCAUCACCUUUGGGGAGCGGUUUGACUACCAGGAUGAUCAGUUCCAGGAGCUGCUGAGGCUGCUGGAUGCGGUCACCUACCUAGAGACAACAAUGUGGUGCCAGCUCUACAAUGUCUUUCCAAGGAUAAUGAAUUUCCUUCCAGGACCACACCAAAUGCUCUUCAGUAACUGGGGGAAACUGAAAAUGUUUGUUGCCCGUAUGAUUGAAAACCACAAGAGAGAUUGGAAUCCUACUGAAGCAAGAGACUUCAUUGAUGCUUACUUCCAGGAGACAGAAAAACAUAAGGGCAAUGCUGCUUCAAGUUUCCAUGAAGAAAACCUUAUCUACAGCACCCUAGACCUCUUCUUCGCUGGAACAGAGACAACUUCAACCACCUUGCGCUGGGGUCUGCUCUACAUGGCUCUGUACCCUGAAAUCCAAGGAAAAGUCCAAGCUGAAAUCGAUAAGGUGCUUGGCGAGUUACGACAACCGAGCAUGGCCGCGCGAGAGUCCAUGCCCUACACCAAUGCUGUCAUCCACGAGGUGCAGAGAAUGGGGAACAUUCUCCCUCUGAACGUGCCCAGGGAGGUGACAGUGGACACCAUCCUGGCUGGAUACCAUCUGCCCAAGGGCACCAUGGUGCUGACCAACCUGACUGCUCUGCACAGGGACCCCGCAGAGUGGGCCACGCCCGACACCUUCAAUCCGGAGCAUUUUCUGGAGAAUGGACAGUUUAAGAAAAGGGAAGCCUUCCUGCCUUUUUCAUUAGGAAAGAGGAUGUGCCUUGGAGAACAGUUGGCGAGAACUGAGUUGUUUAUUUUUUUUACCUCACUUCUGCAAAAAUUUACCUUCAGGCCUCCAGACAAUGAAGAGUUAAGCCUGAAGUUCAGAAUGGGCCUGACCCUCUCCCCAGUCAGCCAUCACCUCUGUGCUGUUCCUCGGGCCUGAAGUUGUUGAGGAGAGGGAGGGGAAGGAAAGCAGGAAGAACGGGCCUGUCACCCACCCCUCAAGGCACGGGGCCUGCUCAGAAGUGAAAGGACAGCAUCCAGUGACUGGGACAGGUCAUAGGAACUGGAUUCAGAGGAAACUGGAUCCAGACCCCAGCUUUACCAUCUCUAGUGGGGCAUUGAGGAAAUCAGUUUUGUUGUGAGUGAUUUCAUUUUCAUCCAGAGGAUUUAAAGUGGACAAUGAUUUCUUCUCUACAAGGAAGAAGUGCUGUAAAAACCAGAGGAAAUAAUGGGCCGUAAGUGGCUUGGAAACCAUAAAGUGCAUCAUAAAAGUCA